UUCAUGUAUGUGACAAAUAUGAAAUACUUAUUUGUAAUUUUAUAUUUUUUCAGCAUUACACCUCCUAACCUUACACUUGAGAACUGGCCAGCUCCAGGAGAAGAAAAAUUAGUAGCUACAAGUAACCGAACAUAUCUUGAAAGCAAGGAAUUAAUGGAAGAGAAGGAAGACCAAGAAAAUAUGCCAAGAACACCAGCAUCCCGUACUGUUACUGCUACAGGAAGAGAACAUCAGUCUAAUUCUUACAGUAAUAACUACAGUGGCCAUCAUGCCUAUGGGAAAGAAGGGGCACAGAGAGGAUAUGGGAGUUAUUCUAGGGACAUCGGAAGUAGAGAUAAUAGUGGCAGACGAGAUAAUGGGGGUGGCACCUCUCAGGACUGGAAUAAUCGGAGUGAUCGAGGGGGCAGGAGAGGAGGGCGAGGUGGUGGGGGCUAUAGGGAGGGAGGUAAUAAUAAAGGGGGAAUUAUUAACUAUGGAUCUAGUGGUAGCCGUGCUGGUGGCGAUGGAAAUACUACUUACCGAAAUGAUGGAAGUAACAGCAGUGGUUACAGAGGUGGUAGAGGCAAUGUUGUAAGUAGUUAUAAAAGUGAUGGGAGCAACAGCAGUAAUUAUAGGGGUGAUAGCAGUAAUAGCAAUAAUUACAAGUUUGGGGAAGGAAAUAUGACUGGCCACAGGAGUGAUGGAGGAAAUUAUGCUGAUUUCAGAGGUGAUGGCAGCAACUAUAGGGAUAACAGUAGUGGUUACAGAGAACCUAAUAGAAGUAGCAGCAACCAGUAUAACGCUAUCAGAUAUGAUCAGUUUGGGAAUAGGCAAGGAAAUCAAAAUAAUUAUGACAGGAAUCAGGGAGGUCAAAGUAGAGGAGAUGAAACGGGAGGAAGAAGCGGUAACUGGAAUGCAAGCAGAGGUGGUGGUGGUAUGCGAGCAGCAGCAGCUGAACUCUCAGCAAAGAUGGAGAUACUUCAAAAUUUGCAGCAGAUGCAGCCAAGAUUACCAAUGUUUGGACAGUAUUCUCAGCCUGCUAACCAUGGCAGAUAUAAAAGACUGUGCAGUUUUCCCACCCAGGGGAUUUUCUGGUAA